AUGACCCUCCACUUCUAUACGGCAGCCGUUGAACACAAGACCCCGCAGGAGCUCUUUGGGGUAUCCCCAAGUACUUUCGCACGCGUGUUAUCCAAUGCCGAGCGUGCACUGGGACGUUCUCUAAACCGAAUCGCAGACGCCGCGGUACGAUGGCCAACGACUCGGCAACAACAGCACUGGCCAACUUUGACCAAUGCCAAGGAGCCCCUCGUUGAAGGCGUGUUUGCAUUUGUGGAUGGGUGGCUUCAUUCCGUCUUCGUAACGGGUUGCCUGUGCUUGGGCGUUGUCGGGACGAUAAUCUGGGCGCGGCAUAACUGCCCUGGUUCUUGGAAUGAUGGCGAAGUGAGUCGCCAACUUCAAGCCAGGCUGGCAGACGGCCGCUAUGCAGGCGUCGGAAUGAAAGUGGCGUCCGAUUCGGCGUUCCCUGUGGCUGGGCCUUGUGCAGGGAGGAUCAUCACUCCGCUAAAACAAAGUGACCUCGAGCGGCAGCCACCGGCAAACCGCCUGGCCUUACAAACUAUGAGUGAUUGUAUCACGUCGCUUCGCGAAGCUGCAGAAUGGGGCAUGGGGGCAACGGGGAAAGUAUAUCGUCAAUUGAUGCUACCUCUACCCUACAAUCCAGUGCUACGAGGCCAACGUCUGUCGAACAUGUUUCGCCUGUACAAUUUCCGCGUUCGUCGGACGGGACUUAGCCAAAUAAAAAAUGUAUUCAGUGCUUAG